AUGGCCGCGAUCGUGUGGUGGCUGGCGGCCACCUGCCUGCUCCGCGCCGCCACCGCCGGCAACCCCGACGCCAAGCGACUCUACGAUGACCUCCUCUCCAACUACAACAAGCUCGUGCGACCCGUCGUCAACACCACCGACGUGCUGCGAGUCUGCAUCAAACUCAAACUCAGUCAACUCAUCGACGUCAAUCUAAAGAAUCAGAUAAUGACGACCAAUUUGUGGGUGGAGCAGUCGUGGUAUGACUACAAGUUGCGCUGGGAGCCGCGCGAGUACGGCGGCGUGCACAUGCUGCACGUACCCUCCGACCACAUCUGGAGACCAGACAUCGUCCUCUACAACAAUGCCGACGGCAACUUCGAGGUAACGUUGGCGACCAAGGCGACCAUCUAUCAUCAGGGGCUGGUGGAAUGGAAACCACCCGCCAUUUACAAGUCUUCCUGCGAAAUAGACGUGGAAUAUUUUCCUUUCGACGAGCAAACAUGCGUUCUUAAGUUCGGUAGCUGGACGUACGACGGAUUCAAGGUGGAUCUGAGACACAUGGACGAGCAGGCCGGCAGUAACGUGGUGUCGGUCGGGGUCGACCUGUCAGAGUUCUACAUGUCUGUCGAGUGGGAUAUACUCGAGGUGCCAGCUGUCAGGAAUGAGAAAUUCUACACUUGCUGCGACGAGCCUUACUUGGACAUCACAUUCAACAUCACGAUGCGAAGAAAAACGCUGUUUUACACAGUGAACAUCAUCAUCCCUUGUAUGGGGAUCUCUUUCCUUACCGUCCUCACAUUUUACCUGCCUUCAGACAGUGGAGAGAAGGUAACGCUGUCGAUAUCAAUAUUGAUUAGUCUCCACGUGUUUUUCCUGCUGGUUGUCGAGAUCAUACCUCCUACGUCACUGGUCGUACCACUAUUGGGAAAGUAUCUUAUAUUCGCCAUGAUUCUCGUUUCAAUAAGUAUAUGUGUGACGGUAGUGGUCCUAAACGUCCACUUCCGUUCGCCGCAGACACACCGGAUGGCGCCUUGGGUGAAACGAGUUUUCAUACAUAUUCUACCACGACUGCUGUUUAUGAAACGGCCGCAGUACAAGUUUGACACAACGAGAUCGCGCUACACGGCGUGUGGUGUGGUGGUGCGGUGUGGAGGGGCAGCUCGGCCUCUCUACCCGUACCGGCUGGCAGCGGCUGACGACGACUGCUGCGCACCCGGUGCAUGGCCGCCGCCUGCUGCACCGCCACCCAGACCUCUCACGAGAACACCAAGCAAAGAAGAUCUCACACACACCACCUACCUUAACUCAGGGAUGGGUGAUAGCAACAGGUUUGGUGGUAGCUGUCUGGUGCAUGGCUCGAGUGAUGGCGGAGCGGGACUAGGUAGCGGGUUAGCAGGCGGCUUGGCCGGUGGGCUGGCCAACGCUGAAGACGAGACCUCAGUCCCGUCCCCGACCCGCCGCCUGGCUUCAGUCACUCCGCCUGCCCACCAGAAGUACACAAAACAUGCUUCUGUGUUCGAUUUAUUGCAGAGCACACUAGAAUGCUCGAGGACUCUACUAAGGUUAAAGAAGAUUGGAAAUACGUAGCGAUGGUGCUGGACCGUUUGUUCUUGUGGAUCUUUACGCUGGCUGUGCUAGUGGGCACCGCCGGUAUCAUCCUGCAGGCGCCAACGUUGUACGACGACCGAGUGCCCAUUGACAAGCACUUCAACCAAUACGCGACCUCGUCGCUCGUGCGGUGUCCACCACCCUCGUAA